UGUCAUCAAAGCUGUCAUUAACAGUUGGAUAGAAGCAGAGAAGUGAAUAUUAUUUUAGUUCUUUGUUGUAUUUAAAUAUUUGGCUGUAAUCGAAGAUGGAUAUUUUAUAGAUAUCUUCGAGAACCUAAUAGUAUUAUUGACUUCAAUUUAUAAAGGAUAACGAACAGUGAAAUAAAGCGGCCAAUUAAAGGAAAUAUUGUAGCCAACAUUUUUUAUGCACCAACACCGGUAUAGUAAAAAUAGCAAUAUGUUCGAUAUUCCCCUGGGUGUCUGGGCUGCACAAAAGCUAAGUAUGAUGUGCUGUCCACGCUUACAAUUGCGUAAAGAUUUCAUCUUUAAGGGAUCUACCAUCAUUCUGACCUAUUUGGCAUAUGCUGCUUAUCAUAUGUCCAGAAAACCAAUAUCUGUGGUAAAAUCAGUAUUACAUGAAAACUGCACAAAUCCAAGAAAUACCACUGAUAAUGACUGUGGCUAUCCACCUUUUGAUGUUCCUGAUGCAUCCACAUUGUUUGGCUCAUUAGACUCCGCAUUUCUCGUUACAUAUGCCAUAUCGAUGUUUCUUUCCGGCAUAGUUGCAGAAAGAGUAUCACUCCGUUAUUAUCUAAGCCUGGGCAUGCUAUUUUCUGGACUAUUCACUCUGCUUUUUGGCGCUGCCAAAUCAUGGAAUAUACAUAGUAUGUGGUAUUUCGUCCUUGUUCAGGUAUUGGGUGGGAUAGUUCAAACAACCGGUUGGCCAGGCGUAGUGACACUGAUGGCACGUUGGUUUGGCAGGUCGAAACGUGGCCUUAUUUUUGGUAUUUGGAAUAGUCACACAUCAGUUGGUAACAUACUCGGUACUUUGAUAGCUGCACACUUUGUUGAAAGUAAUUGGAUGUUAUCAUUCGCUGUGCCCGGCGCCAUUAUGGCCGGUUUGGGCUUUGUAAUGUUUUUAUUUAUUGUCGAUGAUCCAGAAAUUGUUGGAUUACCUUCAACUCGAACACACUUGCCAGUGAAUGAUAGUAAUGCAUACGAUGAUGAAGAAAGUAUACCAAAUGCAGCUAGUUUUGAAGCGAACCGUGGUAUUCAUGGCUAUACAGACGAUUAUACAGAAAUAAGUCAUCGUGCAUCUGAGCGUACACCAAUAUUAGCACGCAGUAGAUCACAGCCAAUUGCUCAAACUGAACGCAAUGCAGUUGGUAUACUUCAGGCUCUAUCGAUUCCCGGUGUUGUGGAGUUUUCAUUAUGCUUAUUCUUCGCCAAACUUGUCAGUUAUACGUUCCUCUAUUGGCUUCCAUUAUACAUACAGUCUUCCACUACAUUAAGUCCUAGCGUUGCUGCUGACCUCUCUACACUCUUCGAUAUUGGCGGAAUAUUUGGCGCUAUCGCAGCGGGAACAGUAUCUGACUAUUCGGGUAUGCCAGCUACGACUUGCCUUGUUUUGCUAAUAUGCGCGGCUCCACUGUUGUUUAUGUAUGUGCACUUUGGUGGAUUAUCGAUAGCCAUCAAUAUUAUAUUGCUCCUGCUGGCUGGAUUUAUGGUAAAUGGUCCAUAUGCCCUUAUCACGACAUUUGUUAGUGCAGAACUGGGGCAACAUCAGUCGCUGUCUCAUAAUUCCAAGGCCUUAGCUACAGUGACGGCCAUAAUCGAUGGCACCGGAUCAAUUGGAGCGGCUGUGGGUCCCUUCAUUGCGGGUUUAGUGUCACAAAGCGGUUGGGAGAACGUUUUCAACAUGCUCAUUUGCGCCGAUAUAUUGGCUAUGGUGAUAGUAUCACGUCAGGUAGUUAAAGAGCUCCUUAGGCUACGUCGUAGAAGCCGUAUACGUAUAGAAUAGAGCCUUGAACAAUGCAGAAUUCAAAUUAACUAUAUAUAUAAAAUAAUAUUUAUCCACAUAUCGGUGAUAUUUUAUUUUUAUUAAACACUUUUACGAAAUACGACCAAUAAAUCUCAGAUGACAUAAAUAAGGUAA